AUGGGUGUCAACAUACCAGGAGUGAUUGCUAUGCUAUUUUUCUAUCUGCUGGUGCUUGGGACGGGCAUCUGGGCUUCUUUCAAAUCCAGAAGGAAGCAGAAGAAAAAUGUUGCAUCUGAAAUCGAGAUGACCAUCCUGGGGAACCGGGGGAUCAGCCUGGCGGUGGGCAUCUUCACCAUGACAGCCACUUGGGUUGGAGGAGGCUUCAUAGUGGGCAUUACUGAGAUGGUGUACACCCCCUCUAUGGGUCUGAGCUUGGCUGUCCUCAUGUUAACCUCCUACUCAGUAUCAUUUCUACUCUGUGGAUGUGUGUUUGCCAAACCCUUACGAGACCAAAAGUGUGUGACCAUGAUGGACCCCUUCUACAGAAAGUACGGCAAAGGCUUCACCGCUGUUAUGUGCAUGGUCUCAUUGUUUAUUGACAUGCUGUGGAUGGCUUCAACACUUAUCGGUUUGGGUGCAACCAUCAAUGUGGUCCUGGACCUGUCGUACACCACCAGCAUCUGGAUCUCUGCAGCUGUGGCCAUCACCUACACUCUGAUGGGAGGACUCUACUCUGUGGCCUACACGGACAUCAUCCAACUGAGCCUUAUCUUCUUCGGCAUGGGCAUCUGUGUGCCAUUUGUGCUGGUUAGCCCUCACUCUAUGAACAUUGGUGAAACACUGAUGAACAACACCUUGCACCCUCCCUGGAUCGGUUCAGUAAACCCCAAAAAAGUUUGGAUUAUGAUGGAUGAUUUUUUAUUUUUGUCAUUUGGGAGUAUAGCAUACCAGGCCUUACACCAGAGGACGCUGUCUGCUUCUUCAACCAGGACAGCAAAGAUCACCAGCGCCAUUGCUGCUUUUGGAAUCCAGGUGUUUGGAAUCUCUCCCAUUCUGUUUGGAGCAGCCGCCUCAUCCACAGACUGGAAUCAGACGCUGUAUGGUUUGCCCUCUCCUUAUGAACGAGGAGAAGCCGCUCAGGUGCUGCCCAUCAUGUUGGAGGCCCUCACUCCCUCUUACAUCUCCAUCAUUGGGAUUGGCUGUGUGGCCGCUGCUGUCAUGUCCUCAGCAGACUCAGCACUGAUGUCGGCCGCCUCUGUCUUUUCGGCGAACGUCUACAAGAACAUCAUAAGGCCCCGGGCCUCAGACACAGAGAUGCAGUGGGUGAUUCGGGCCACAGUGGUUGUCGUUGGCGUUUCUGGGACCGCUCUCACCACCUUCAAAAACAGCACCUUACUCUUCUGGUUUCUGGCAGCUGAAGUGGCCUACGUUGUGGUUUUCCCCCAGUUCUUCUGCGUCCUCUUCUUAAAAAGGACCAACCUCUACGGAGCAACCGCGGGCCUGCUCUUCGGAUUUCCUUUCCGGCUCUUGUGUGGAGAGCCCUCACUGGGAUUACCUCCAGUUCUACAGUUCCCAGGAUGCACUAUGGAGGAUGGAGUUUAUGUGCAGUACUCUCCUGUUAAAACCAUCUCCAUGUUGUCCACUAUGGCCAUCAUUUUGUUUUUCUCUUACCUGCUUUCUCAGCUUUUCAAGAGAGGCCACCUUCCAGAUAGCUGGGAUGUGUUCCAUGUGAAAGUUCAGACAUCACUGCAAAGAGGGCAAGAAGCUACUGGCGUACUGGCCCACGUAGACAAUACAGAUAUGAACACGUCAAAAACUGGCUUUGAAAUGGAAGCACUGGACCCAGCGCUUAACAGAUGA